AUGGUAUCGUCAUCUAUAUUGAGAUCUAAAGUUAUUCAAAAGCCAUACCAAUUAUUCCAUUACUAUUUUUUACUGGAAAAGCAAAGGGGAUCCACAUUAUCAGAUUUAUCGUUUGAAACUAAUUGUAAGAUCUCCAUAGAUAAGUUCAGACAUCACCAGUGGACCAUCAAUGAAGUAUGCCACUAUGGAUUUUUAGUAUCCAUAAUUUUUUUUGUAUUUAUUAUAUUUCCAGCAUCAUUUUUAAUUAAGUUACCUAUAUUAUGUGCAUUUUCCAUUUGCUUUAUCAUUCCAUUAACUUCACAAUUUUUUGUUCAUGCAUUGCCUAUAUUUACCUGGUUAGCUUUCUAUUUCAGCGCAGGAAAAAUUCCACCUUCUUGGAGACCCGCCAUUAGUGUUAAGAUUUUACCAGCAAUGGAGACAGUUUUGUAUGGUGAUAACUUAUCAAAUGUGUUGGCUGAGGUGACGAAUUCAACAUUGGAUGUUUUUGCUUGGAUUCCUUAUGGCAUUUUACAUUUUUCAGCACCAUUUGUCGUUGCAAUUUUCAUAUUCUUGUUCAGUCCUCCAACAUCGUUAAGAUCCUUUGGAUUCGCUUUUGGUUACAUGAACUUAGUAGGUGUUAUCAUACAAAUUUUAUUCCCCGCUGCACCUCCAUGGUACAAGAACUUAUACGGCUUACAACCAGCGAAUUAUUCCAUGAGUGGUUCACCUGGUGGGUUAGGUAGAAUUGAUGAAAUCUUAGGAGUGGAUAUGUAUACAACCGCAUUCUCUAACUCACCUAUCAUCUUUGGUGCAUUCCCUUCGUUGCAUUCUGGCUGUAUAGUCAUGGACGUCUUAUUCUUGUGUUGGUUAUUCCCAAAAUUAAGAGUCGUUUGGUGGAGUUGGGCUGCUUGGUUAUGGUGGAGUACCAUGUAUUUAACCCAUCACUAUUUCAUAGACUUAAUUGGCGGUGCAGUAUUGUCUAUUGUUGUGUUUAAUUACACAAGAUAUAUGCAUUUGCCUGUUAUUGACCAUAGCAAAUUCAGUCGUUGGUCAUAUACUGAAGUUUACAAGAUUGAUAUCAACGAAUCCGAUCCGCUUUCUAUUAGCUUUAACAACGCGUCUAAUAAUGACAUAGAAGCUCAACCACUGAGUUCGUUUUUGAGUCCUGCUGUUAAUAACUAUCCAUAUUUCUACAACCAGGCUACUAAUAAUACUAAUAAUGAAUUUGAAAUGUCAACAUUUUCUAGAUCCAGACAAGCUUCUAGAAGUCUUAUUACACCACUUCCUAGCUCUACGGGUGGAAGAUCAUCUUCAUCAGUUAACUUACCAGUUACUAAUGAAGAAUCGCGUGAAACCGAAGACGCUGAUUCCUCACUGCUUGAAAAUAGCUCCACUCUUUCCGUAUUCGAAGGUGAAAACGAUAAUAAUAACUUCAUAAGUUCUGCAGCGUCCUCAACUUCGUUGGAUGAUGUUGAAUCGACUUCAAAUGCUCAAUCAAACGCUAUUGCAAAUGCUAUUUCAAAUGCGAAUGACAAGAAACAAAAAUAUACCGUUAAAAAUAGAUAA